GAAACCCACUUAUACCCACUUGUGGAACCCCACUCCUUCCACUGACACCAUGGUCGACUCCUGUUGUGGCUCCGUCUGCUCUGACCAGGGCUAUGGCCAGGAGACCUGCUGCUGCCCCAGCUGCUGCCAGACCACCUGCUGCAGGACCACCUGCUGCCGCCCCAGCUGCUGCGUGUCCAGCUGCUGCCGCCCCUCCUGCUGUGGUCCCAGCUGCUGUGGCUCCAGCUGCUGCAGGCCCAGCUGCUGCAUUUCUAGCUGCUGUCGCCCCACCUGCUGCCACCCCUCCUGCUGUGGUUCCAGCUGCUGUGGCUCCAGCUGCUGCAGGCCCAGCUGCUGCAUCUCUAGCUGCUGCCGCCCCUCCUGCUGUGGCUCCAGCUGCUGCCGCCCCUCCUGCUGCUGCCCCUCCUGCUGCCUGACCACCUGCUGCCGCCCCAGCUGCUGUGUGUCCAGUUGCUGCCGCCCCUCCUGCUGUGGCUCCAAUUCCUAUGGCUCCAGCUGCUGCCACCCCUCCUGCUGCAUUUCUAGCUGCUACCGCCCCUCCUGCUGUGGUUCCAGCUGCUGCCGCCCCUCCUGCUGCUGCCGCCCCUCCUGCUGCCUGCGCCCAGUCUGUGGUCAGGUCUCCUGCCACACCACUUGCUAUCGCCCCACCUGUGUCAUCUCCACCUGCCCUCAUCCCAUGUGCUGUGCCUCCUCUUGCUGCUGAGCCACCUGCCGUGUGACUACCAUCUCUGUUUACCUCUGCCCUACAGAUGUAGACCCUCCUUUCGUGCUGAGCAUUAGGACAUAUGAAGGCUGGUUGACCUCAUUCAACAGGUUGAGCCUCAUGAUUCCAAUGAACCCAUCCCACUAACUCUGUGAGCACAUUCUGGUUCAUGUUAAGCUCCUUCCAUUAUUAUCUUUUCCUUUCAAUAUUGGUGCCAAAUAUGGAUAUUAAUCUAUAAUCCAUCAGCUAAAAAAUUAGCCCACUCCUCUAAAUUUCUCUUUCUUCCUUAUCACUUAGGGGCUCUAGAUUAUCCUUCCUAACAAAGUGAAUAUUAUCUGUAACCCCUGUGCAGUACUGAUUUGAUACCCUUUGACCUGGGAUUCAGUCAUACCCUUAGACCUGGGGGUCCAGUUAUGUAGUUUCUAAAAGAGUGAAUUUCUUAUGUUUUGUUGCUUCUCUGCUUUCUAAUAAAC